CAUUGCUAUGGCAACAAAGGAAAAUAUGACUUCACAAAGAGGAGUGUUGAAGUCAAUUCACAGCAAAAUGAACACUUUGGCCAAUCGUUUUCCUGCUGUGAACAGCCUGAUCCAGCGUAUCAACCUUAGGAAGCGGCGAGACUCCCUCAUCCUGGGUGGUGUUAUUGGUGUCUGUACCAUCCUGUUGCUGCUGUAUGCUUUCCAUUGAUGGGGCAUCUCCAGGGACUUUUGACAACCACCGCUUUCACGCCCUGAUCUGGAAGAAGAAAGAGUAGGAAGGAGAAGUCUAUUGCCCUGAUAAUUAGCCUGACCAGCAGGAUGAAUUCAAGACUCAUAGUGAUGGACUCUGUGACGUGGUCAGGUUGAACUGAAGCCAGUUCUUCUGCGCUAUGUUUUCUAACACACACUUCCUUCUGUUUUUAGUUUUGAGAGAGAGAGAGAGAGCGUUCUCAGUUGCUUUUGUCUCCCCAGGAGGUAAGUAAACCAAUCCGAAACAGAGUUUCUGUGCUUCAGUGGUAGUGUAGAAGGCUGAUGACAAGCCAUGUCUCAUAGCUAGUCCGGCUCUUCAGGAAACCAGGUUUCUCCGUAUCCAAAGACUGCUUUCCUUUCAGCCACCAGAUUGGGUUGUGAAUAAAAAUAGUUCUUGUCCUUUUAUUUUACCCUCGUGAUGAGAAAUCACAAGUCAUUUCUUGAUAAUCUGUGCUAUAAAUUUCUACUCUGUAUCCCCAACUCUUUUGGUAUGCAAGGAAAAUUCCAUUUUUCACAGAUUCUUUAAGAUGCUGACGGGCCAACUUCAACAGAGUUGAGGUUGUCUGAAACAGAAGACACACACUGCAAAACUGCGUUUGUCUUUAUUUUUUAAUCCUGUGCACACUGAGGUUAACUGUAUUUCUGGAAAAACAGCAAGAAUGACAGGUUUCUAUUUGAAAGGAUGCAGUUAUUGUUUUGAUUUUUUGUUUCUUCCAUUGGGUUAAUAUUUGCUGCUACACGAAAAUGAAAUCUCAAUUCUGCCAUGAAAAAAGAAGCUAAGAGCCAAUGUUUGUCAGUGCCCCCGGCUAUUCCCCCACAUGUCAGGAUUAACACUGGUAAUUGAGUGGGGACGGCUCAGUUUUCAGUGAGAUCUGUUCAACAAGCCACAUGUAACAAAGACAUUGAUUGAGGGGUCACCAUUCAGAUAAUUCCAUUUGUAAAUGCCCCAUAAUUUCUGAGCAAAAGCUUUGUGAACUAUACUGCCCAAUGUACCAGGAAUUCUGUAUUCUGUGAAAACCUGUUCAUUCCAAAUCUGUUAAGCUUUUCCACAUAUCCAGAGAAUGGUUUCAGCUGUCGAAGGUACAUGUGACAGAAUCUCUCUCUAUCUGCACCUGUCUUCUGUUAUCAUCCCUGGACAGUGACAUUUAAACCACUCACCAGAAUUAUUUUCAAGUUUAACUAUUUCUCAAUUUCUGUAAAUUCAUUACUUGUCUAACUGAAUUACCACAAAUAGUUUGAAGACUUCCAACAUCUACAAUCCUUACCAAGAAAGAAGACUGCUUUUCAUUACUGAAAUUUAUUACGGUAUUUAUAGUAAUGACUUCAGAUUGUGCCA